AAAGAUAAAAUUUAUACAAUGGAAGAUAAAGAAACCAAAGGUUUGGAUGAUGUUGAAUAUGAUGAAUCAGCAGAUGAAUAUUUGGAUGAAUAUUUGAAUGAUGAAGGUGAAGGAUCAGGCGGGCACCAUGUAAAAUCGACUGGAUUCGAAAAAUCAACGUCUCUAAUGGAGAAGGCUAAACAAUCCUUAAUUGAAUUAAAAGCCGUAGUCAAAGAAUCUGGUUGGAAAAAGAUACUUUCACAAAAAGGCACUACAGUUUAUAGUAAACAGGGAACAGCGAGAAAUGAUAGACUUCCGAUAUUUAUGGGCCAAUGUGAAAUACGGGGUUUUAGUCCAUUAUCAGUUUUUACCAUUAUCGGAAGGAAAAGACUUUGGGAUGACUGGUACCGAUUAUUUAUCUCUUUUCAUAAAUUAGGAUGA